AUGGACGAUGCCGCUGAACGCGAUGCUGAGCUGCUGCAGGGUGACGCGCGGCGCAACAAUCCAGCUGCGGUGCUGGUGGAGUUGCUGCAGAUGAUGGGGAGCAAUGAGCCGACCAUGUCCCAUGCCGUGUUUGCCAUGCUCAACAUGGUUGCGCCGAGCUGUCCGUGGGUCUCUGUUGAAGAAGCACCAGCGGACGUCGUGCGUGAGAUGUCACGGGUGAUCACCUCCUACUUGCGCUGGCCGUCCGUGAGUAAUCCCUUGCACCAGAAUAUCCUCUUCCUGCUGCUGGACAGGCCCAUUGGUGGAGCCGUCUGCGCACACAUCGACGUCAUCUCGCUCAUCGUCAGCGAGCUGGACCGCGUGCGGCCAGGCCUGGUGCAGGGUGAGGAGUACAGCCGCCUGCGGGGCACCUACUUCGUGCUCAUCUGUAACAUGCUGCACUGCCCGCGCUCCCGCGACGCCAUCUCCCGCCAGUUUCUGCAGAGUCCACUCUUGCAGGCGAUAUUGGACAUCAUCAACCCGCCCCGCAGUCGGCUCGAGGAGCAGCAGCAGCGGCGGCGGCAACAACGGCGCCGUCAGCGAGAGUUUGCAUCCCAGUUUGCGGCCACCGCUCAACCCAUGGACACGGACACCAGCAGCGGUGUUGCGCGUGAUGCCAGUGACCGUGUUGACAGUGAUGAUGAUCAUGAUGAUCAUGAUGGCAGUGGUGGUGAACGCCGGCAAGCGGCAGAGGAGGGCGACGGCUCCUCGUCUGAUUCCGACGCGGCAGGGCGCGAAAUGCGACUCAGUCAGCGUCGCCAUCACCGCGAUCAUCAUCGUCGUCAUCAGCAUCAUCGUUAUCGUUAUCGCGACUGGGAUGGCGAGGAAGGGGCUGCCACAGACGACCCAGACACAUACACCAGCACCGACACAGACGAUGGCGAUGAUGAUGAUGAUGACGACGACGACGACGGCGAUGGUGGCAACGCCCGCCGCGCAAUCUUCUUGACUGCAUCGGACGGCGUGCUGUACGAGAGACACAUGGCGUUUCUGACCCUCAACUGGGUUGGUGGGUGUGAGGUUGGCACGCACUUCCUUCUUGACCACCUCGACAUGCUGACACAGACGCUGGAGCGCUCACGCCACCGUGUGGAGAUGGUGCUCACGCUGGCCAACCUCAGCUCGUAUCUGCACGACGACACGCACGCGCUGCGACGGGUGGCGACGUGCGGCACGGUACCCAUCCUCGUCACUGUCGUGCACCACGACAAGAUUGACCGCGGGUCUGUCGGCGCACUCAUGGGGCUGCUCAACAUGUACGUACACGUGCCACCGAGCCACCACAGGUACCUCGCCACGCCAACGGAGAUGGGAUUCCCGAGCACGUACAACCCCUCGGUCAAGUUUAGUGAGCGCAGGACAGCGGCAACGCCCAGCGGCCGCGGGGGGCGCAGCAGUGGUGGUGAUCAGCCAUGGUACGGCAGGCUCUUACCCAGGGGGGCACCUCGCAACAGUGGUGAUGGUGGUGGUGGUGAAGAUGCCAUGGAUGAACGACAUGACUCUGCUGUUGACAACGACCGCGAUGGUGAUGAUGAUGAUGGUGAUGGUGAUGUUGAUGAUGAUGGUGUUGAUGGUGGUAUGGAGGGUCAUGGCAACACCGUGGCGGACAGGCCCGCGUUUCUUGUGACGGACCACCACAUACAGCUGCUGUUGGACUGCCUCGACUGCUCAAUCCGGAACGAAGCGCACGGCAACGUGCUGUGGUCGCCAUGGCACCCCUGCCAGGCCCUCGCCGCACUCGCCUGCGUGCCCUCGUUCGUGCCCAAACUCAUUGCGAAACGCACGCACGUGCGACUGGUGGAGGCAUUGCGUGUGCCACGCACAGGACGGCAGGCCGAGCCCGUGUGCGACGAACGCUAUGCCCUCAAGGCAUUGCGACAGCUCGUCCGCAUGUCGUCUGCAUUGCGCAACGACACCGACAUUAUGCAAUGUGUGCGGCACGCGCUCGCCCGCGCGCAGAGCGAAGCAGCGCGCACACACGCGGUUGAGAUUGCGGAGGUGAUGUCCAUGCACGGGGUGGCGCUUCCAUCCCUCUCGCACAUGUGUCGACGACGGCUGCGACACCUGUUUGAUCAGAUGCUCACGGAGCGCAUUGUCAGCGAUGGCAGUGGUGAUGGUGAUGAUGGUACGAGCGGAGAGAUGCGGGAAGGACGACAUCAAACACAGCGGCCGACUGCAACUGCAUCUGCAUCAAUCGACACUCCCACAACAGCACCAGCACCAGCAACAACGGCACCAACACCAGCAACAACGGCACCAACACCAGAAACAACUGCAACAACGGCACCAACACCAGCAACACCAGCACCGCGGGCGGUGACCAUUUCCCCACACGUGACGAUUGUUCCGUCGCCGAUGGACGAGGACGAACGCGUGCGCGUGUAUUCAUUUCAAGCGGGCGGGCGGGAGAGCGACGUGCCCGUUCCCCUCAUGUCAGAGGAGGAUGAUGAAGAAGAGGAGGAGUACGAUGAUGAUGAUGAUGAUGAUGAUGAUGAUGAUGAUGAUGAUGAUGAUGAUGAUGAUGAUGAUGAUGAUGAUGAUGAUGGCACUCGAAGCAGGGGUAGUAAUGGUAGAAGAGGGUAUGCUCGUGACGGUGGAAGCAGUCGUGGUGAGAGGGGUGAUGGUAUGGCUGAGCGGAGACGCGUGGCACGUGAGCGUGUGCUAACUGCGUGUCGGGGAACGUUUGAGACGAGUCACGAUGCGUAUGUGACGUUUGUUCGCGCCAUGAACACGCCGCCCGCCAUUGAGGCGUUUCUCUUGUACGAGGACUGA